ACCAAACGUACUAUACAGUAAAAGUGAGGACGUCCUCACAAUGUGUAGAAGAGAAUACACACAUAUAUUAUUCUAAAGGCAAAAAAGUACUAUGUUAGGUAUAGCUAUAGGGAUAUCUAUAAAAGUUUAUCUAAUACUCUCUUUUGAAUUAUGAAAAAAAGGUUUUUGAGAGAGAAUAUUAGUAAGGACAUGUCCUCACACCACUUAUCCUCACUAAGCUAAUACUUUGUAUCUACAUCUUUCACAUGCUGUAGGUCACAUUUAUGAGGAUUUGUCCUCAUAGUGCAAUUCUUGUCCUCACAACGUCUGUCCAUUGGUUGAAAUUUGUCCUCACUUUACACAUUUUAUUGGCCUCUCUCUCUCUCUCUCUCUGAAAUUCCCCCUUUCUAAAAAUAGACAACCAUGCGUGGCUAUAGCGUUCUAUCUGUUUAUCUGUUAAUUUGUGCAGAAUUACAAGAAACAAGAACAGUUCCGAGAAAAUAGAAUAGAGAAGAAAAUGUUUGGUGCAAAGCCUACUUUCUCUUUUGGAUCAGGCAGCGCCACUUUUGGAGCAAGCACUGCUGCCCCCUUUGGUUCUGGGAACACUUCUACCUUUGGAAAUGCAGCCAAUAAAUCAUUUGGACAAACACCAUCAUUUGGCACUCAGACCCCAAGUACAGGAGGUACAAGUUUAUUUGGGCAGCAGACCACAUCCCAAGGACCAAGUCUGUUUGGACAACAGAACACAGGAGGUUUUGGCAGUACCCAGUCAUCAGGAUUCACAUUUGGUGCCACACCAACUGCAAACACUGGAGGCAAUCUCUUUGGCCAACAAAAUACAACGCAGACUAGUGGAUUGUUUGCAUCACCAGUGUCAAACACAAGUUUUGGUGCCAAGACUCCAGGAUUUGGAGGUUUUGGAACUACUAACACAUCAACAGCUGGGGCCUUGUUUGGAACUAACCAACAGAAUACUUCUUUGUUUGGCAAUCCAGGUGCUAGUGCAGGCUUUGGUCAAGCAGCCCCAAAUGGUACUACUGUGAAGUUUAAUCCUCCCACCAGCCAGGACACAAUGGUGAAAAAUGGAGUCAGCACCAAUAUCAAUACACGGCAUCAGUGUAUCACAGCCAUGAAAGAAUAUCAAAGCAAAAGUCUGGAGGAGCUCAGAGUGGAAGACUAUUUAGCUAAUCGCAAGGGAAAACAAACUGCCACUGCAUUUGCUACUCCCUCAGCGUCAUCAGCCUUUAAUGCAACUCCAGCAUCCACAGGCACCUCUUUGUUUGGACAACAACAGCAGCAACAAAAUAACACUUUAUUUGGGCAGAGUAAAUCCCUGUUUGGAGCCUCAACAGCCACUGGAACAUCUGGGUUCUCGGGGUUUGGAACCACCACAUCUACCCAAAGUUUGUUUGGCCAACAAAAUCAGCAGACUAAGCCUCUAUUUGGAGCCACCCCGUCAACACAGGCCUCAGGUUUUGGGACAACCAGUGCUGGAUUUGGUAGUUUUGGUGCAACCAGUUCCGGAUUUGGGACUACCAAUGCUGCUGCGGGUUCCAGUCUCUUUAACACCAAACCAGCUUUUGGAGCUACUACCACCACUGUUAGUGGUUUUGGAGCACCAGCCAGUAAUUUGUUUGCCAAACCAACCACUGGACCCAGUCUUUUUGGAAAUACUUCACAGCCAUCCACCUUUGGUACUUCAGGAGGAUUCUCCUUUGGAAACACAGGAGCAAUAGGAGCAAACUCUGGUGUAUUUGGAGCCAAGCCCACAUCUUUUGGAAACACCAGUACUUUUAAUUUGGGUCAGACUUCAGGUUUUAACCUCAAUAAACCAUUUGGUGCCAGCACAGGGAUGGCAGGAUUUGGUCCAGGUUUUGGUUUAAAUACCAGCUUAUCUCAAGGUGGAGCAACAACAACAUUAAGCACGUCAGCACCACAUGCAGCACCGGUUCCUAACGAGGUUCAGAUCAAACAACAGCUAAUGGCACUGGCCAGUUCACCAUACGGUGAUUCACCACUGUUCUGGAACCUUAAACCCAGUGACAAGAAAAGAGAGGAGAUAUUAAAACCAACAAACCCAUCAGCACAGAAAGCAGUUCUGUCUAAUCAGUUUAAAGUCAGUGCACGACCUACAGCCAAAAUCAAACCCAAAUCUCUACACAACAUGCUGAACGGAUCAAAGACACAUAUGUUUGAGGGCCUGGAAGAUGAUGAUUUCAGUGGCGGCAAUGAAAGCUUUAUGCCAAAGAAGAGCAUAAAGAAGUUGGUUAUUCGCAAAGGAAACUCCAACUCGAGUUCACCUAGUCGUGCCUCUUCAGUGCUUGGGGAGUCGGAAAAUCAAAGCAUCAAUGAGCCAGAGGUCACACAGAAUGGAAACUCAUUUUGUUUACAUGACCGACUGGAAAGGGAACAGACAGCCCCAGAGGUUCAUAUUCCACCAAAAUUAAAUAUUGAAAGCUUUGAUGACACCAUAUCUCAACUGAAUGUACAAAAACGUGUUCCAAUAACGUCAAAAUCUCCUGAUGACACUGAUCUCAGUCUGAAUCAAACAGUAGAUGAAAGCAUUGAGAGACCUACCACGCCCCCUCCACGGAACUUGGCAGGCAUAGUCCUGACUCGGCCUGGAUAUUACACAAUCCCUUCAGUAGAAGAGGUGUGUGAACAGGUGGAUGAGAAUGGGGACUGUUUUGUGGAUGACUUCACAGUGGGACGGGAGGGAUAUGGAAACAUUUUCUUCCAUGGACCUAUCAAUGUAGCCAACCUGAACCUGGAUGACAUUGUGCACAUUCGUCGCAAGGAAGUGAUCGUAUAUCCAGAUGAUGACAACAAACCACCUGAGGGGGAGGAGCUGAACAGGAAGGCAGAGAUAACCCUGGACUGUGUAUGGCCCACAGAUAAAACGACAAGAUCCUACAUCAAGGACCCAGAGAGAUUAAAAACUUUGGGAUACCAUGAGAAGAUGGAAGAAAUAACUGCCCGUAUUGGUGGGCGAUUUUUAGACUACAGACCAGAGACAGGCUCUUGGGUGUUUGAGGUGAAACAUUUUACCAAAUAUGGUUUAGAGGAGAGUGAUGAGGAAGACUUGUCUGCCCUUGCUCAGUUAAAGGCAACGAGUCAGAAACUUCAGAAGAACGGAAAGCCUAUGCCUCCGUCAGUGGGAGAAAAGAAAACUCCCAAGUUGUCUGUAACGAGUGACAUACCCGCCCCACCUUCUCCAGACACAGCUGUCCCUAUGACAGAGGAUGAUAUUGAAGGUCUCACUGACAUUAAUCAGGAGACGGUCCCAGACAGCAUGGUAGAAGACUACAUGGAUGAGAGUUCUGAGGAUGUCAUGGAUGAUCAGCCCUCUUCCCACAGACUGGCCCAGAGUAUGGGGGUCAGUGCCCACAACAUGCAGGUCAUGAAGGCAUCGUUUUUCCAGGAAGAGGAAGCGCCUCCAAAUCAAGAUAUGUUGCAGUCUCCUCGUCUGGAUGGAAAGAGGCUGCCUAGCAUGUUCAGUUCAGCAUAUAAGAAUUCUAUAAUGUCGCCCGUCAAGCUCUCGGGUGUUCCAAAGAAUGCUAGUAUUGAAAAAGAGAGAGGAGCCUUCCCACCUCGAAUUGUUACCCCAGAACCAAUCCGACCAACCAAGUCCAAGUUCCACAUGCCCCCUGUAGAUGAGCACUUGCCCCUUCCCAGUGGGAUGAAAUCGGAUGACUUGCCUCGCCGGAUUGUGGGAUCCAGAAUCCCCAGGCCUAUUCCAGAUUUUCAGGAGUCUGCAAUGUAUGAUAAGCAGGAUGUCAUAGUAGAUGCCGCAUUAUUCCAUGGGCGGUCAUUCCGUGUAGGCUGGGGUCCGGGGUGGACAUUGGUACACCCUGGGGUAACAAUCGCUGAACAAGUCACAGAUGCAGAGGAAACUUCGUUUUCUGUUUUAUCCAGUUCCAGAAAAAAGAAAGUUGGUCCUAUUCAUUGGAAUGUUUUGGUAGAAAAAUUGGAUGUGACAUCUUACUUCAAACCUGAGGACCCAGUUGUAGUGGGUAACCAUGAAGAGUUGCUGUCCAUACAACUUGAAAACUCAAGGAGGGAUGUGGAGGAGGGAUGUCCAGUCUUUGCCCCUGUUGACGGGGAGGUUGCCCUUCAGCAUAUUGUUAACCGAGUGAAGCAGGAUAAGGAAACUUCAGAGGGACACCCAGACUUUGCCACUGUCAGCUACUUGGAGACUUUAUGGAACCUGUGUGCUGCUUUGUUUGGGAAUUUACCAGAUGACAAAAUAAAUGUCUAUGAAAAACAGCAUGCCAGACGUGAGGCAGUGUCUAACUGGCUGUCAUCCACUGCAGGUGAUAAAAUUAAGAAGGAGAUUCAGGCAGCCAAAUACAAAGGAAAGAAUCACCUGCCAUCUCUGUUUGCUCACCUGACGGGUCGACAAGUAGCAGAGGCCUGUAGUCUGUCUCAGAGGAGUGGGGACACACGACUGGCCUUGGUUAUGUCGCAGUGUAUGGGAAGUUACUACCCUAAACAGCUUCUGGACAAGCAGCUCAAUGAAUGGGCUGAGUUAGGGGCCUAUAAGUUUAUUGAGGAGCUCCGUCUGAAGCUGUAUGCUGUUCUUGCUGGUCGUCUGGUGUGGCAGACCCCAGAAACAACAGUCAACACCUGUAUGGAUUUGGACUGGAAGAGAGCUUUUGCUCUGCAUUUAUGGUAUAUGUGCCCCCCUACUUCCCCAGCUCAGAUCCACAAGGCAUUGAAGGAGUAUGAGAUGGGAUUUUGUGGAGAUUCACCCAUGGGAAUGUAUUGUAACCCCCCACUUCCCCCCUACCUAGAAGACAUUGAAAUGGGGGAUACAGAGAAUAUUCAAGACACUGCAUACCAUUUGCUGAAGCUUUACUGUCAAAAUAGUUACCCAUUAGAGAGCCUGUUUAAUCCCAUGUCACAUACUGCAAAUCAAAUGGACUACAGAUUUAGUUGGCACCUGCACCAGGUGCUGCAGUCAGUGGAAGCUCAGUAUAGCCAUCUAUCAGACUACCACAGAGCUUGCCUCCACCUCAGCUUCGCCGCCCAGCUGGAAUCUGUGGGAAUGUGGGAGUGGGCAGUGUUUGUUGUUCUACAUCUGAGGGACUGUCGAAGUCGAGAAUGGAGGACACAGGAUCUUCUUAGCAGAUAUGUUUCUGUAGAAGAGGAAUUCAACGAACAGGAAAAUUUCAUACAAGAAAAACUUGAUGUGCCUGUAGAGUGGAUCCACUAUGCCAAGGCACUGAAAGCCCGAUAUACCAAGAAUCCCCAUGCUGAAGCAGUCCAUCUUCUGAAGUCGAGACGAUGGAAUGAAUGUCACAAAGUCAUUCUGAAAUACUUGUCAUCAGAUGCCAUCAUUAAUGAGGACAAUGGUUACCUGUAUGGAUUUCUGGUGGAGCUGGCGCCACCUGACAGGUGUAAUCAGAUCCUAGACUGGUGUAUAGGGGGUCAGGUGUUAUUGGAUUACCUUAAACUUGUUCAAAACCUAGAGCAACUCAAACUAGCAGUGGAGAGAGAUUCAGUACAUCAUGAAAAAUCAUUCACCUUGGAGAGCUUGAGGUCAGACAUAACAUCUUUAUGUGAACGAAUAUCAAACCUGCCAUGUUACCAUUCCAGAGACAGACUGUGCCAGGCGGAGAUAUCAAAGAGGCUGACUGUGUUGUUCCGUACCAUUCUUAGCUUACAAGACGAACAUGAUGCUUCAGUAAGAUUCAUGGCUCCUCAAAUAGGCCGUUUGCCAAUGCCAGAGGAUUACAAACUACAGGCACUCGCCAUUCAAACCAGAGAUUUCUCCGCCAGUUUUCUAUGAUUUAUCCACUAAAACCAGAGGACGUUAAUCAGAUCAGCUGGAGUUGAUUACAGGAGGUUGAAAUGAACUCAACGAUGUGGAAAUCUGCCUUGGAUUCUUCUAACUGAGAAAGUUGUGUUGUUGGGAUAUUACCCUCCCUAGAGGUGAUCCUAAAAUCCAAUAACAUACUUAUGAAAUACAUUCAGCUGCAGUGCUUGUCACGACAGUUCUAUCUUUUUGCGUGCAUGUAUUCUGAAUAAUUUGUGCAUCGUCUCAUAAAGAAACUUUUCUGUCAUGUAUUGUGAAUAUGGAAGAGAGUAGUUACAUAUUUACACCAACUAUUGAAAAGUUCUUAUGUAAUACAUGUACAUUACCAUUAUUUCAUUGUUUUAUUGUCAUCAAUGUGAGAAAUACCACAUGCAACACACUGAUGCAAUGAACUAUGCUUUUGUAUUCGAGUAUUCAUUGUAUCCAGUUUUUCAUUUAUAUUGACGAUGUCAAGACUGAAGUGAAUAAAAAUGUUUAAAGAAUAA